AUGGAUCUUGUUCCUAAGAAAGAAACAGCUACAAAGGUUUUGGUCGAUGAUGACAGAGAGACAACAGGCGAACCAAUUCUUGCAGAUCUUGGUAUUGUAUAUGCUCAUGGCAAUGAGGAUAUUGUCAACUUUGGAGCUGGGAACCAGGAAAAUGCAAAACAGAACACGGGGUUGAAGGACACUGACGACUCAGCCAUACCACCCUACUCUGUGGACGAAAAGAUCAGAUGUGGAAGGAGAAAUGGAGAAGGGUUCUUAAUUCACUGUAUCGAACAUGCCAUAUCUGUCAAAGAUGAAAUCCAGGCAAGACAGUGGUACAAGCCUAUAAUGGACCCAACACAGUCCAUGCAGUUUCAACAGACCAUACCUGGUCUAAGAAUUUUACAAAGAUGUGGAAGGAAAAAGGAGAAGGUGAAACUUGGUGCUUCAGCCAGGCAACAGAAAAGAAGCCAGUAUAGCCUCCUCGCUCAGUCGAUGGGUAUGGAAGAGGUUGAGUUUAGCAAGUGGUUACUAUCAGCAACUCCUGUAGCAGAGCGUAAAAGUGCUUUGAGAGUCUGA